AAAUCUAUUAUAAGAUUCGAUAAUACGAGGGCGAUUAUAAUAAAACCUUCCGGGAGCGAUAGUUUAUAUAUCUAUUGUAUAAAUUUUAAUAGUCUAAUCCCGUCUUUAUAUAUCUUUUUCGAAGGCUUUAAGUACCUAGAGGCCUAUACCUACUAUAUUAAGCGGCUCUAUAGCCCGAUCGAUAUAUCGAUCUAG